GGGGAAAAACUUGCGGAGCAAGACGGGGCACUAACAGAAUUGUAAGGCUAGACAUGUACGCUGAGAGGACUCUGCAGGGUCUGCGUGGGGACCGGGGCGAAGGUAGACGUCUACCGAGAGGAUCGGUAUGCAAAUGAGAUGCAAAAUAGCACGCAGAUUAGUGCAGUUUUCUGCUGCACUUGGUUGUGAUUCUGAGUCCUGCAGAGCUACGCUCACAGUCCCCUGGCCUCUCUCUGUGACACGGUGUGGGAACCGCGUCCAGAGGGGGCGGUUCUGGGGCGUGGGAGCUGUAGUUAUUAGGGGCAAUUCGCCAGCUGGGUCAGGAGCGGAGGAGGCUGAGGGCUGCUGGAAAAGGAGGGGCAGCGCUUCAGAGCCAGGGCUGGGGCUGGCCGGGGCACCCACUCCUUCGCUCCAUCUCUACAGGAUACAAAGGGGCCUCUGUCUUGGCUACAGCCGUCAAGGAAGAUAUCAAGACGGUGGCUUCUUAUGGCUCCCCGUUUUGUCUGCAAGGGAAACAGACUAUGCGCGGCCUGGUAGCUGUUCUCCAUCUCCCAAUCUGGGCAGAGCCCAGGAAUACAGCCAGAGCAAUUCUGAGAGUCUGUUCCCAGCCCGCAGGCAUUGCUGCAGAACUUGCUUCGUUUGCAGAGGCUCAACCUGCGGGGACAGCCAUUGCAGCACGCGGAGGGCCCUUUAAGGGGUGGGGCCAGUGCUCCACCGGGCCGCCUCCAAUUCGAUUCGGCGCUAGCUAGACUGGCUCGCAUCUCUGCCAACCGUUUUUUCUUUUUCUUCCCGUCUCUUCCCUGGUGACCCCGGAAGUGGAAGUAGGCUCAGGUCGGUGGCCGCGGCGGGGAUGGAAGGCGGAAGCAGAGGGUGAACGGGAGGCGGAGCCGGGGGAGCUGCACUCGUAGCUCCCCCUGGCCCCAGGCCCAGCUGCUCAAGGGGGAGGAGUUACCGCCGCUCUUCGAGUUACCCCCCGGACCACACCCUUUGCCGUCCUUUCCUCUCUUCCUGAUUGAAGAUUAUAGCUUCCUGGGGAAUGAAGAAAGACUACGGAGAUCGGUGGUGUGUGUGUGUGUGUGUGUGUGUGUGUGUGUAUGUAUGUAUGUGUAUGUUCAAGCAAGGAUGCAGUUAAUCUGGUUCUGGCUUAUUGUUAGGGCUAAUGAAUGCCCUAGGAAAACUUGGGAUAAUGAGGGGGAUGCCUACACUGAAUAUGUCCCUACUUUAAGAUUGCUUAACUCUUCUCUUGGUUCCCACCUUGACCAUCCCCAUCUUGAUACCUUUGUUCCAGGCAUCUGAACUUAUAAUGAUGGCUGUGACCUAAAACCCUCAGGAAGCCCUGGGGUCAUGGCCCAGAAGCCCCCUGGAGAAAGAGGGUUGUGUGGAGCCCACCAAAGUGGUGGUGCCUCCCUCAGGACUUUAGGAUCCUCCGCGGACCCUGAAAUACUUUCAUUCUCAGGACUCAGGGACUCAGCAGGGACUGCUCCUAAUGGUACCCGCUGCCUCACAGAGCACUCUGGUCCUAAGUACACACGGCCCCCAAACCCAUCCCACUGGUCGGAUCCAAGCCAUGGCCCCCCAAGGGGUCCAGGACCACCUAGGGAAGGAGAGGACCCUGAUCAGAGUGAGGCAUCUUCAGAAGAGUCGGGAGUGGACCAGGAACUCUCAAGAGAGGGUGGGAACCCUUCUUUUCUUUCCAUUCCAUCUGCUUGUAACUGCCAGGGAACCUCUGGAAUCCCUGAAGGGCCAUAUUCUGAGGGAGGAGAUGGUUCUUCUAGCAACUUUUGUCACCAUUGUACCUCUCCAGCCUUGGGGGAAGAUGAAGAGUUGGAAGAGGAAUAUGAUGAUGAGGAACCUCUUAAAUUCCCCACUGAUUUUUCACGUGUGUCCAGCGGAAAGAAACCCCCAUCUCGGAGACAGCGACAUCGCUUUCCAACCAAGGAGGAUACUCGGGAGGGUGGACGUAGAGAUCCCAGAUCUCCUGGUCGACAUCGGUUGGGCAGAAAACGAAGUCAGGCAGAUAAGCGCAGAGGUCUGGGAUUGUGGGGAGCAGAGGAACUAUGUCAGCUUGGACAGGCAGGCUUUUGGUGGCUGAUUGAACUGCUGGUAUUGGUGGGAGAAUAUGUGGAAACUUGUGGCCAUCUCAUCUAUGCAUGCAGGCAGCUAAAAGGCAGUGAUCUGGACCUUUUUCGAGUUUGGGUGGGAAUCUGGGCAGGGAGGAUGGGGGGCUGGGCCCAGAUGAUGUUCCAGUUUCUCUGCCAAGGAUUUUACUAUGGGGUAGGAUUGUUCACCCGUUUUUUUAGGUUACUGGGUGCUUUGCUGCUCCUGGCACUGGCCCUCUUUUUGGGCUGUCUACAGUUGGGCUGGCGGUUUCUGGUGGGACUGGGUGACCGUUUAGGAUGGAGGGAUAAGGCCACCUGGCUCUUCUCUUGGCUGGAUUCUCCAGCCUUGCAGCAUUGCUUGACUGUGCUGAGAGAUAGCAGGCCAUGGCAGCAGCUGGUAAGAAUAGUUCAGUGGGGUUGGCUGGAGUUGCCGUGGGUCAAGCAGAGGACUAAUAGGCAGGGGAAUACACCUAUAGCUAGUGGACGCUACUGCCAUCCUGAAGAGGAAGUGGCUCGACUCUUAAGCAUGGUUGGGGUUCCUGAGGAUGAAUUAAACCCUUUCCAUGUGCUUGGGGUUGAAACCACAGCAUCAGAUAUUGAACUGAAGAAGGCCUAUAGGCAGCUGGCAGUGAUGGUUCAUCCAGAUAAAAAUCAACAUCCCCGGGCUGAAGAGGCUUUCAAGGUUUUGCGGGCAGCUUGGGACAUUGUCAGCAACCCUGAAAGGCGGAAGGAAUAUGAGAUGAAACGAAUGGCAGAAAAUGAGUUGAGCCGGUCUGUGAACGAGUUUCUGUCCAAGCUACAAGAUGACCUGAAGGAAGCAAUGAAUACCAUGAUGUGUAGCCGAUGCCAAGGAAAGCAUAGGAGGUUUGAAAUGGACCGGGAACCUAAAAGUGCCAGAUACUGUGCUGAGUGUAAUAGGCUGCACCCUGCUGAGGAAGGAGACUUUUGGGCAGAAUCAAGCAUGUUGGGCCUCAAGAUUACCUACUUUGCACUGAUGGAUGGAAAGGUCUAUGACAUCACAGAGUGGGCUGGAUGCCAGCGCGUUGGAAUCUCCCCAGAUACCCACAGAGUUCCCUAUCACAUCUCAUUUGGUUCUCGGAUCCCAGGUACCAGUGGUCGCCAGAGAGCCACCCCAGAUGCCCCUCCUGCUGACCUUCAGGAUUUCUUGAGUCGGAUCUUUCAAGUACCCCCAGGCCAGAUGUCCAAUGGGAACUUCUUUGCAGCUCCUCAGCCUGGCCCUGGGGCCACUGCAGCCUCCAAACCCAACAGCACAGUACCCAAGGGAGAAGCCAAACCGAAGCGGCGGAAGAAAGUCAGGAGGCCCUUCCAACGUUGACGCCCCUUCUCUUUUUUCCUCAAAUCAUUGUCAGGGAGUCAAAAGGGCUGUGUACAGCACAGGAUGGAGUUUGAUUUGAUUAUUUUUAAAUAUUUUAAAAAGGGAAAAUGUUAAGCUUAAAUUGUUCACUCAGUACUUGUAGGAAGCCCCUGAACCACUCGCCUUCCUCCCCCAGCACCCAGGAACUGAAUCUUGUCUUCUGACAAUACCAAAGAAAUAGGGGGUGGCUAGAGCAAAGAACCUAAGGCCUGGACCUAGGCUGGACAAUGUAUCCCUUUGAGGUAUGGGAAUUGGGUAUUUCCCUGGGGCCUGUAUGCCUUUGUCUUAUCAUUUGCUUUUAUAGCAGAUGAUAUUACCCCACCCCUGCUUUUUAAACUGAGUCUAUCUUAUUUCUUGACCCAUUUCAGGGGGAGGCCCCCUCCUUUACUCUGAUAUACUAGUUAAAAGACAGAACAAGAAAGCAUGUAGCCCUAAUUUUGAAGAUGCAUAGAGUUCAAAGAGUGUAAACUGAACUUUUCCUCUGACUUUACCUUGUGGGAAAAUCAUCCCACUUCAGGCUUAUUGCUGCAAGGAUGGCCAAAAUUAAUAAUUUUUAAGAAGCAGACUCAUGCCCUGUGCCCUUGGGUGAGGGAAAAGGAUAAGGGGUUCCUAGAAGCCCUCUUGUGAUCCAAGGGUUUGUAUUUUUUUAAGUUUGUUCAUAUUUGUAUGUACAUAUCUAUUUAAAGCCAGGGGAUUAUCUUUCUAUAAAUAUAUAACUGGCAACCUGUA